CAACACACCGCUCUCACUGGCCGGCCGCUCGACUGGCUGCUGCUUCUCUCCUGUUCUUGCGUGGGAAAAAUGGCGCAAUUACGAGUAGAGGAUAUAGAUCUGUCAUUACAUGCACAAUCAUAGAGGGAAGGAGGGACAGUCCAUCACCUGAACCCUCAGGGUGGCCCCCAGAAAGGUAAUGAGUGCCAGUGUUGAGGCAAAAUAGCAGAAAAGGCUCUUCGAAAGGAGGAGAGUCAGGCCGAGAACGUUUUCCCGCGCGCGCGUUUCAUACCUGGUUUGUUUACGUUGUACGAGAGGCCUCAGACGAGCAAGACAGACGCGUUCCUCUAUUAUUUUGCAAAUAUUCGGAAUAGGAGUGCUUGCCGCUCGUUAACAAUCGGCAGAGGAUGUGAUAACAGCGCAGCAUAUCAGCCGGAGAGACAGAAUGAAUUCGUUCGUGAGUGUCGACAGGGAGGAGGACGAGUUUAGCUUUCAUGGCGAUCCGAUCAGAUCCGAGGAAGAUUCCUCCCAUGGCGGAGACUCGUGCUCUUCUUCGGCGGGAAGUGUUGUGCUGCUUCUGCCGAAGGAGAACGUCGUGGUGGAGGCGAGCGAGGACGAGGCGUCGCCGGAUGUGAUUCCUAUUACGGUGGACAACAUCCCUGUCUAUUUGUCGCGGUCGGCUGACGGGACGCCGCUUUUCAUCAGGUGUCAGCCGCCCACCAUGGAGGAGCUGCUGCUCACCAGCCCCGACGAGGCAACCCCGAGCUUCGACGGGUUCUCCGAGGCCAGCGGCAAAACUUUUGAGGGUUUCUCCGAGUCCAGUGGCAGGACUUUCGAUGGGUUCUCUGAGGCUAGUGGAAGCACUUUCGAGGGGUUCUCAGAGGCCAGUAGAUGCAGCAGUGCAGGCAGUGCUUCCUUUGAAGGUUUUACUGAUGAGGUUGUUUGCUUAAGGGAUGAAGAUAGGGCCAGUACACCUAUUCAUUCCAAAGCUGUCACAAGAACAGAACAUUCAGAUGGAGCAUCAUUCCCUUCAUUGCUGGGGAGUAGGAAGAGGAACCACAGCCAGAUGAGGCACUCGGGUGGUCUUGAGUUGGACCCUCCUUCAAAAGAUGAAGUAGUGGUUCUGGAAAAUAAGAGCACAGGAGUAAGGACAAGAAAGCGAUCUCGAGGUCAUUCAAAGGAGGAGCAGAAGGAAGAGAGCAGUGCAGUUGUAUCAGUAGAAAAGGAGGUUGAGAACAGAUCUUUUAAUUCUCCUUUGCAAAAGGAUGUGGAAGUGGUGCAUGAAGAAACAGACCAAGAUGUAACCAAACAGAACAGAGUUGAUUCAACUCCAGAUUCACCUCAAAAACGCAAAAGAGGAAGACCAAGGUUAAGUAGGAAUGAGCAAAUUGAAGCUGGCACUGGAGGCAGUGUGGAAGUUCUGUCUGAUGACUUUAUUGGCAAGUAUUGCAGUCGUGUUGGUUGUACCAUCAGUUGGCUAGAGAGUUUGUGCACAAUGUGUAUAACACCAAUAAAUGGAAUGGUAUAUGAGCUAAGUGAAUUUGCCAAUAAGAUUGCUUGGGAACAAGAUUAUGUUGCUGUAUGGCUCUUAAGACUGUGUGGAUGUACUGGUGCUAUACCAUCAGUAGAAGAUCAUUCAAAAGUACGUUUUAUAUUAAAGCGAAGAAAGGCACUUAUGGUUACAUUAGCAGGACAGAAAUUUGGAAGUGCAAAACUUCAGGAAUUUGAUGAAACUGAAUUUAUUUUGCCGACAGUCAGUGAUGUCAAGUUGGAAAAUGUCAAUGACGUGAAAUUGGAAAAUGUCAGUGAUGAACAGUCGGAUGAAAAUUUGGUUAGUGACGUUAGAAGAUCCAAGAGGCAAAGAGUUGCAAAACCACUUGAAGAGGUUGAGGAAAUAGGUGAUUGUUUAGGAGCUGAUGUUAUUUGCAAGGAAGAAAUUAUAUUUCCCACAAAGCUUGAGACCAUGGAAGUAAAGGAGGAAGAAGAUGACAAAUCAUUAGUUGAUUCAAGGGUUAAUACUUUUCAGACACCAGGUAAGGAGUCUGUAGUUGAUUCAGCCCCAAAUGCAUGCCAAACACCUUCAAGGACUGAUGAUGCAGUAGGUACGGACACUAGUGCGAGUCAUGUAGACAUACCAGAAGCGGGUGAGAAGAAGGACACUGGCAGCAGCAAAUUCAGAGGAACACUUGGGGUUAGUAAGAGUGGCCGAGUGCGAAAACCAAGUGCCAAGGGAAGCGUUUCUAUAGAGUUUAAGUACUUGUUUAUGGAAAAACAAAGCCCAUUUCCAGAAUCCUCCACCCCUGGUGGUGCACCACAGAAAGAAGAGGAUAAUGAUUUACAGAAAUCUAAUUACAAUAAAAGUAAAUUUGCCCAUCCAAAUGAAAAUGAAACUCAGAAAGAACGAGCAAAAAGAUGUUUCAUAGGCCCGAGACAUUUGAAUAAAUAUAUUGAUAUGGAAAACAAGCUGGUGUCAUUUACCUUAGAGGAUGGCCGUGUGAUUCCCUAUUUCAAAGAAUUGGAUUAUAAUCUAGGUCCACGCUGCUGUGCAGUAGGGCUCACAGUUGGCGAUCUCAACACAAAGGACAGGCUUGAUAUUAAGGUCAGCAAUGGGAUUAUCAAAGAGCUGUUUGAUUUCUAUGUUUCUCGUGGAUCAACACUAACAUCCCUGGUGUGCCGUCUCUUUUGGAUGCUUGGAGUUCCUCAUGAUCCAGGUAGAAUUUUGUCAACAACAUCAAAGAUAGGUAUAAUAGGUAGAACUCUUCAAGCAGAUCAUCCAAAAGCAAGUGAAAUAUUUUCUUUGCCAGAGAAAAUGCCAUACCGCAUUCAGAGGCCUUCAGUGAAGACUUUGCAAAAUAAGAUAAAGAAGAGUGAAAAAGUAUUGAAGAAAUACCAAAGCUCCAGAAGGAAAGCUUUACAUUCAAAACUUAAACCUUNCUUUACCCCUGAAUAG